AUGGCCAACGAUAAACUCAUCUGCGUCGUUGGCGCCACAGGCAACCAGGGCGGCUCCGUCGCCCGUCGCUUUCUCAAGGCGGGCUUCAAAGUGCGUGGCUUGACCCGCAACACCGCCUCACCCACCGCCCAAGCCCUGUCGUCGGCGGGAGCCGAAGUCGUGGCUGUUGAUCUCAAUGACGUCUCGACCCUCAAGAGCGCAUUUGCCGGAGCAAACGUCAUCUUCAGCGUGACCAACUACUGGGAGCCGUUUUUCCGACCUGAUUGUCGGGAGCAGGCGGAGAAGCAGGGUAUUUCGUGUCGAAAGUUUGCGUACAACGUUGAGGUGCAGCAGGGCAAGAAUAUUGUCGAUGCGGCUGCUACGGUUGUUGAUACGCUGGAUGAUAAUGGGUUUUUGGUCUCGACGCUGAGUCAGGCUGAGAAGUGCAGUGGAGGCAAGUUCAAGGAGUUGUAUCAUUUUGAUGGCAAGGCGGAUGUCUUUCCGGCGUAUGUUGAUGAGAAGUAUCCUGAGCUCGCGGCCAAGAUGUCGUGCAUUCACACGGGUUACUUUUUCACAAGUUUCAACAUUCUGCCCGACUCUUAUAUGAACAAG